AUGAAAAACAUUGAAUUAUCAAUUAAUGCCGAGGUUAACAGAAAGUCGUUCACGGACUUCCUUUUUCCUGGAUCUAUUUCGCUCAAGAAAGUGAAAUGGAAUUCACAUCUUGAAUUGGAUUGGCUUGGGAACUGGAAGCUUGUGCAGACUUCAUGGAAAAGUCUUGGUGUCGAGAAAAUCGUCCCCGUUGAUAAACUCAUUAAAGGAAAAUUUCAGGAUAACUUUGAAUUCCUGCAGUGGUUCAAAAAGUUUUUCGACGCUAAUUAUGAUGGACAUGAGUAUAACCCACUGGAUGCUCGUGGUGGAGAGCCGUUACCAGUUGAGCAAGUCGGAGGAAAGCCAAGCGGCGUGUGGCGCAGUGGUCGGAGACGCCCUACAAUACGCACGGGAUCGAUUCCCGCGUCCCCGCCUCACCAAGCCUUCUAUCGUUCCCGCGUAGGCAGGUUGAUAUCGUAUUUGUCUGGGAGGAUGGUAGCACUGGCUCGGUACAUCGGUUGGCCACCGCGACUCACUCGUCAAGUGGCAGAAUAUGAAGCUGAAAUGAGCAUCAUUGAGCAGGAGCGCGAUUUUUACUUCAAGAAACUACGAUGUAUUGAGGUAAUAUGUGGGGAUAAUGAAUCGAUUGGUACCGUAGCCGUGCCGGUGAUUCUGGAAAUUUUGUAUGAAACCGAAGAGGGUUUCGUUGCACCUGACGAAGAGGAACAAUAA